ACAAAUGAAGAAUGCCUUGGAACUAUAAACAGGUGUUUUUAAAAAAUACGCUCUUCCGUGAGGUGAAGGAGAGUGCUCCCGGGACAUACAGCAAGGGAUUAUAUGAACCGAUGCCUGUUCAAUCAAGCUUACGGCAGGACACAAGUUUAACCCAAUCACACCUGGAGGAAGACAUACAGUGUACUCAUCAGAGCUAAGGGCUGUUCAUGUAUUGGGACAGAUUCUGGACGUCACUUCAUUACCUUCUUAGGCACUUUGGAUACUAACAGAUUGCAUUUGUGAUAAGACAAUCACAAUACAGUUGUCUUAAAUCUGAGACAGACGCGGAACUGUGAAAUACCAGUGUGAAUGUGUUUACGAUGUGUUGAGAGAGGACGACAUAGUCGCAAAAAAAAUCAUCAAGCAGAUUGCUUAAUUGACAACGAGCAUUUGGAUGCACCCGUUGAAGUAUUGUUCAAUUAACUCUAGCUAAUGUUUACAUUAGACAGGAGCUCAAAUUUCCAUUCAAGUGCGAUGCAGCAAUCAUGCAGUGUUGACAACGCUAUAUCUGUUUGAAGAAGAGGUACUCAUUAACCAUUGGUUUGCCUUUACCAGAUUUUGAUGUAAAACUGUCGGAUAUUGCUCGUUCCAAUAAAAGGAAUAAAAAGUUUGCUCUAUUUAUCUUUCAAAACACUUGGAACUUGAAAGAUUUGACAUUCGUUUGCAUCACCGAUGUGUAUUAAUCCAUUUAUCUGGCAUCAUUUCCAAUCUAGACAUUCUACUUGAUCAUCCCACUCCUAUGAUUAUUUCAUCUUUUUUUGUCUACAUCUGAUCAUUCUGAUGUGUGAGAGCUCUCCAACAGUGGACAACCAUCUUGAAAAAGCGACUGAAGGAAAUUAAUAGGCCAGCAGGCAUGGAAUAAAACUAUUCAAAAGUUCAUCAUGCUUCAGGCUCCAGACUGACAAGAACUCGAUCAUAAUGGACAUCAAGAAUUCCGUGCAAUUAUUUCAAGAUGAGGCAAUGUGCAUGAAAUUAACAAAACAGGUUGAUGGAUGUUAGGUAGAAUCUUGUCUUGUGGAGAAGACGGGCCAAAGAAAUUUCUUGAACUUUUAAAAGGGAUCAUAUGUGCAUGAGGAGUGGAUGACAAAUCUAAUGUGUUUUGCGUUUGGAUGAUGAAUACAUCAGGAUGAGUCGUCAUAGCAAAACGUCAUCUCUGGUAAGCCAGGAGGAUCUAGAGAGCCAUGUCCCCCUCUUUGCUGACCACGAGGCCAUCAGUGAACUCUUAGGGGGGUCAUCUGCAUUUGGAAGAUCAGGCCGGGUGCAGGCAGAGAAACGGGACACACCCAGGACCAGGUCCCGAUUCAUGUCCCUGGAUGUUACUGGCUCCUCCCCCAAUCCCUUCCGAAUACGGUCGCUUAGCAACCCAAAGGGGUCUAAACCUAAAGGUACCAGUCCCUUGGCUACGUCCUCGUCUCCACCUAAACAGGCUGCGUCUUCAGAGGAGGUCUGGGUUGUUGAUGAGCAGAGAACAAAGGCCACUGAUGAACACCUUACAAGCAGCACAGAGAACAAUCUUAACCGACCUUCAAAGCCAACCUCAUCCAACGUGGCUCAUCAUCUAUUGAACCGGGGAAGCAGCGAACGAAUAAGGGGCGAUCGAAGCGCAAGACUCCACCCCCAGAACAUUACCAGGGGUUCUGUUAGACACACCAUGAGUGUUUCGGCAGAGAACCUACCUACGAUUCCUAGGAGCGGAACUGGUAUGGAGGACAGGCCAGGCAUGGAACCCCGUAGCAGUUCAAUGAACGACCUCAUCAGGAUGGACCCUGCCCUCCAGAUCCCGGUGAUCGGGAUCGAGGAAGCUUCUGACCAAGAAGACGACAAGAUAUCUUCCGAAAGGACGGGACAAACAAAGUCCCCCGCCAGCUCUCCACCCAUGCCAAGAUUCUUGAAUCUGGACCUGGCAAAACGACUGUCGCUGCCCAAUGAAGGGAGUGCUAAUAGUCUUUCUACUAGAACUGGAAGUGACAGUGAUCUUAGUUGCAGUGGUAGUAUUACACCAGACGUCAAUGAGUGCAGGAAGAAUGUUGGAGAGACAGGCAAAUUACGUAAAAGCAGCUUACGUAAGAAGUCGCGACCCCAUGACCCCACCCGGCAUGUCCAGCUGGCUCUGGACAUGGUCAAGGAGGAGGGAACGCCCCCAACCUCACGGAAGUACAAGAAGCGGGACGACGGCCGGCCCAAGGUGCAGAUUCGGAUCGGGGACGAUGAAGAGUCCGAAGAGGAAGGCGAUAAGGUGGAUAGCGGAAGAGAUGAUCUUAAUGAGAAUGGCUACAGUGGAAGGAGGAGAGGUAAUUUUAAUGUCACUCAAGAGAGGUUUCCUAUCAAUUUCAAGAGAGCACAUGAACCUCAUGAGCUCUUUGUGCAGCUGGACUCCUGGCAGUACAACCAGAACCAGUCCGAGGAGGGCUUCGUGGAGAAGAUCUGGAAGGAGACGGCAAGAUGGAUCAAGUUUGAGGAGGAUUGGGAGGUAGGGUCAGAGAGGUGGGGUAAACCUCAUGUAGCCUCCCUCACCUUCAACAGCUUACCCCAGCUCAGGAAGGGGCUAGAAAAUGGGUUGAUGCUGUUGGAUUGUAAGAGGACCACCUUACAAGGCAUCUUUGACGCUAUACUUGAUGGUCUGGAGGAGGAACACAACAUGGGCAGAAACGAUCGUAUGCUCAUCUCUAAGAUGCUCAAGGCAAGCGCUGGCAGCAUUCAUCUGCAUCAUUCUAAGUUGCUAAGAGCAAUGAGCAACCAUGAAGAGCCAGCUGGAAUCGUGAGAGCAUCCAUAAGACGGCUGUCUACCAUCGCUGAUUUCAGCCACCACCGCACCUCCCACCAGCAUCAGGAUCCGAACUCCACCCCUCUAACCACCAGUAGAUCCAUGAGCGCCAUGGAGGAUUCCAGUCGUACGGCAAUCAAUGGCAACGGGUUCAUGGAAUUAGAAUCCAAGGCCUCCAUGAUUGAGGCUCACCAGCAACAGGAGAAGAUCAUCCACCUCAAGGUCGCGGGUGACAACAAUGAUAACAGGCCGCCCAUCAACCGCAACCUCUCCUCCACAACCCUAGCUGCCAUACAGCAGCACAAGUCCGACGGCAUCAUCAAGAAGAUCCCGCCAGACUCGGAGGGCGCCCUUGUGAUGGUUGCUAGGGAGGAGUACCUUGAGGCACCGUACAUGGUCCUGGUCCGGCUGGAUGAACCCAUCCUCUUUGAGAACUUACUGGAGGUGCCAAUACCACUAAGGUACAUUUUCUUGGUAACCGGCCCUCCCAUGCCAACCCUCAACUACCACGAGGUGGGCCGCGCCCUUGCUACCCUCUUCUCUGACGAGGUCUUCCGGAACAUCGCCUACUCCGCCCGUGAGAGGAAGGACAUCUUGGUAGGCAUCAAUGAGUUUCUCAACGACACCAUGGUGCUGCCGCCGGGAGAUUGGGAUAAGGAGCUGCUGAUGCCUAUCACCAGGUUACAGAAGAGAGAACAGGAGAAGGUGAACAGGAGGAGGAAGACGCUCAACUUGAAGGAGGAAGAUACAGCGGCCUUGCAGCAGUUCCUAACAGCAGAGAAGAUGUAUGGAGACCCCCUGCAACGUACAGGAUGCUUGUUCGGUGGUCUCUUCCGGGACAUCAGAAGAAGAUAUCCACACUACCUCUCUGAUGUCUUAGACUCCAUUAACAUUACCUGCCUGGCUGCCUUUGUCUUUCUCUACUUUGCAUGUCUCUCACCCGCUAUCACAUUUGGUGGUAUCUUAGGUGAGAUGACCGGGGGUUUGAUGGGUGUGUCGGAGAUGAUCAUCUCCACGUCUCUCAACGGCAUCAUCUUCUCUCUACUUUCAGGGCAACCACUCAUCAUCGUUGGUCCUACGGGUCCAGUGUUGGUCUUCGAGGAGAACCUCUUACUGUUUUCUAAGGCGAUGAAUAUCGAGCUGUUACCAUUCCGCGCAUGGAUCGGUAUAUGGACGUUUCUCAUAGCAACCAUCUGCGUGGCAGUAGAGGGCAGUGUUCUAGUCCGACAUUUCACCAGAUUCACUGAAGAAAUAUUUGCUCUUCUCAUAUCCAUCAUCUUUAUAUACGAGACUGUCAGUGGACUGAAAUAUGUGGCAUGUCAGAAUCCCUUUCAGGAGAACUACUGCCUCGCUGAUCUGAACACCACCAUGUACCCACCUAUGUACAACGCAUCCAGCAUCUACGCAAUACCCACCGAUGCCAGCUCCAUCACAGGCUCGUCAACACCACAGCAAUUCGAUGUUACAUACUUUGAUGACAUUAUGAUGAAUGCUACGGCUCAUUAUGGAGAUGAUAAAUAUGGCGAGAAAGGGGGGAAGAAGAAGAAGAAAUGUUACGUACCAGCUGGAUGGGAUCCCAAGCCUAACACGACACUCAUGUCAAUCAUUCUGACGUUUGGCACGUUCUUUAUAGCGUUCUUCAUCAGGCAGUUUAGAAACAGCAGAUUCUUGGGGAGAACGUCAAGAAGAGCUUUUGGUGACAUUGGCAUCGCCAUAGCAAUCACUGUCAUGGUAACCAUAUCAUACAUCACCAAGAAUGUCUAUCUCCAGAAACUCAGUAUUGGCAAUGGCUUCGCUCCUACGGAUCCAUCCCAGAGAGGCUGGGUUAUCAAUCCCAUGGGUAUGACCCAGCCCAUGCCAAUGAUUGCUAUUCUAGGUGCUUCUGUACCGGCAUUCCUUGUCUUCAUCCUACUCUAUAUGGAAACGCUUCUCACAGGGGUCAUUGUUAACAAGAAGGAGCACAAGCUUAAGAAAGGGACCGGUUUCCAUCUCGACAUGUUCAUCAUGGGGUUCCUCACAGCCCUCUCAGGAAUCCUAGGUCUCCCUUGGAUGUGCGCUGCUACCGUCCGGACAGUCUCCCAUGUGACCAGUCUCAGCGUCAAGACCAGGACAGAUGCUCCUGGUGUCAAGCCAAGGCUUGAUCAUAUCAAGGACCAAAGGAUGACCAAUUUCUUUGUCAGUCUUGCCAUAGGUUUAUCAUUAUACAUGGCACCGUUAUUAAGAGAGGUGCCUAUAGCCGUUCUACUAGGAGUCUUCAUGUAUCUGGGUCUGUGCUCAUUGAGUGGUCUUCAGAUGAUUGAGAGGAUAAAAGUCUUCUUUAUGCCAAGUAAACAUCAUCCUGAUGUCAAGUAUAUCAGAAUGGUGAAAGCAUGGAAGAUCCAUCUCUUCACCUUCAUCCAGCUGGUAUGUCUAGUAGCUGUCUGGAUGAUCAAGACUUCCGUCAUCGCUAUCUGCUUCCCGUUCUUCUUCAUCCUCCUCGUCGCAAUCCGCAGGCUUAUGAGGUUCAUCUACACUGACCAGGAGCUUGAAGCAUUGGACAGUGAAGAAUCUGAAGAGGAAGGGGGUGGAUCAAUGGCUGAUGAAUACCAUGCUACUCACAUGCCUGUUUAGAUGUACACUACCAACUAUACCAAGCUGAAAGAGUGUCAAGCACCAAACAUUAAAUGUCAAGCACCAAACAUUUAGUGUUAUAGUUUAUAAACACCCAGUGUUAUUAAACUGGAUCAAGUAUAUUGCAUUAAAGGGAGAGGAAAUGUGCAAUGCUUGUAACUGUCUUUAUAACAGAUUUAUCCACAUGGCAUGCAUUUUAUAUUAAUUGGUGUAAUACCAUACACUUGGUGCUACAUUUGGUGUUGUAUGCUUCAGCACUCUGGUGUUUAUAACUGAAGAAAGUACAAGCUAGUUGUGCUGGCUUUAAUUUGCCAGUGUAUCACCUUUGUAGUUUGCAAAGAGAGCACUCUCGGAGUGUUAAUAACUGAAAAAUGAACAAGCUAGUUGUGUUGGCUUUGAUUUGCCUGAGUAUCACAUUUGUAGUUUGCAAAGUGAAGACCUUUAAGGUGCAUGAUUUUCCUCUUUUUUUCACUUGAAGGACAUUCUAAAGUAAUGUUCUGCAGGACGUCCUUAAGAGCUAUCUGAAAAGACAUUUGUUAACAUCAAUUACCAAGUCCUAGUGCAUGAAUAUCACCAAUGUUAAAGGUUGCUCUCUAAGAAGGUUCCUGUGUAUAGACAAGAGUAAUAUUGAGCUUUAGAUCACCAAGCUACAUGAGCUGUGCUAUCAUUAUUGUCAUUGAAGUCCUGUUCAUUUAUGAUACAAUAGAUGCUCACAAUAAUCACCUUAACCAACAAGAAAAAUGAAAAGCUUAAGAGUCAAUGAAUGGCUAAAGGCAAUAUCCUGGGGAUACACCGAGUACAAACCAAAGCUGUGUGUAACUAUGUCCCCUGUGUGUACCCACUGAUCUGUGUUUUAAAAGAUCCUUAAAUGUGAAGCUCAAUUCACUAAUCUAAUCUGGUUUUACUAGUCUGCAUAAUUUUUUUCCCUCUUCAUCUUCCUUUUUAAAGCAGUUUAUAUCUGAAUAGACCUUCAGAGUAGACAAGCCAAAGUAAUACUAAUGCCAAAGCUGUAUGAAAGUAAUCUAUAUGAUGAUUACAGUAAUUUUGUGCUGUAGUUAAUGGCUCUACAUUUGUCUGUAGAAUCAAAUGCGCAAUCAGAAUUCCAAAUUUCCAAUUAUUAAUAUGUAUAUAUUUGUGUAUCCCAAACUAGGUGUGCUUGUACAAGAAUUUUUGCAAAUACUACUUGCAAAUAUUAUUUUAUGCAUUAUUAGGAUACAUGUAUACAUUAUGUAGAAUUAAAAGCUCUUAGUGACUGUGCAAUUGAUUAUUUUCCAAGUAUUGAUACAUGAGCUGGCUGUGUGCCAAUUAACUGUGUGCUCUUCAUGAAACCUGGGGUGUCAAAAUCCUGCAAUUCAUAGUAGAUUGUCUAUGAACAAAUUUCCAGGAGUCACAAUUAUGCUAAACAUAUAUGCUGUGUAUCCAUGUCGGAGUUAGCUUACAUAUUGUAUGCUGGAUAUUACAAGCUUCUAAAUGUAGCAUCUUUCAGUAGUUUGGUUGGUUGUUUGGUUUGUUGGUAUUACCUGACUGCUAAGAAAGCUUGUGUGUGCUUGUAAGUAUAUAAGCAACCUGGGGGACUGAUGGCUUCAGUUCCUCUCCAAGGAACUUGAUAAUGAGAAUUAAUGCCCUCUACAAAGGGGAAUAAUGCAUCGACUUGGUUUCCAACUCGGGACCUUCCAGUUACAAGACCAUUGCUCUACCACUGAGCCAUCACGCUUUCUUCGUGAUAAAAAUGAAAAUAUAACAAUUAUAAACGAUCCCUGAUAGUGUUAGAGCACUACAAAUGGUGAUAGCCAAGCGUUUAAUAAUGGGUAUAGGUAAGUUCCAUUAUUUUAUUAUUGCAUUCCCUUUAAGUACUGAGACCUUUAGGGCAAGGAUGCAAAUUACUUUGGGAGCAUACCUGUGCCUAUAUCAACAUGUUCUUUCAAUACCAUAAGCAUUGAUUACUAUUCUAGAUUUCAAAGUUGCAGGCAAUUUAUUUUAACAUUGAGAAAUGUUCAACUUCUUGAAACAGUCAGGCCUAAAUAGGACAAAUAUUUGGAGUUAAAAUGUACAUAUGUUAACUUCUGAUGGUAUUGAUAUUGUUAGCUCAUGGUAUAUUUAAGAAUUUGAUGAGCUUUAAACAUUAAUAUUCUUGUUCCUACACACAUAUAUGGUCUGCUGAGAGCCAGAAGGGCAUUAUGUCCUAUUAUACUGUAAUUAUACAGAGUUAAAACAAAAUUUAUUCUUUGUUUUUAGUCUUGCCCUGUGAUUUUGACUGAUACUUUUAUACAUUUUUAGGGGUUCCUUGAUUAUGUAUAUUGCAUUAUCAAUUAGUUUUGCUUGCAUGCCGGUAGAAGAUAUGAGAAUUUUUGUGUUAAAAUCAUUUUUAUUGUAGUUAUUAUUAUUGAUCUAUGAGCUUCCAUAUUGCAGAUAACAGGUGCAAUGACUGUGAAAUGUAACUUGAUCUAAAAAAAUUCUUUCUCUUGAUUUGAAAACUAACCUAUUUUUCUUUACAAAUAGAGUCAUGAAUAAAAAUGUAUUUAGGUCUCGUUUCUUUUUCAUUUUUUGUUUCUAAAGACAAUUUUUGAAAUAGGGGAGUACAUCCUUCAUCAAUAUUAAAUAUUGAAUUGCAGAUAAGCAGAAACUAUUUUUAUGAAACUUUCUCUUCACUGUUCCUCUUAGCAACAUUUUAUAAAGGAUGAAUUGCCAUUUUUUGCAUGAUGUUUGGAAGUGGUUGCUAUUAUAUAUUCGAAAUUAUUGUAUUAUACUUAGAUAAAAUACAUAUAUAUAUAUAUACAUGUAUAUUUCACUUGUGAAUUGUUGACAUCAAAUCUAUUUAUUUUUUAUAUGUUGCCUUCUCAUAUGUUAUGUUUUCAUUAUAUUUUAACAAUUUUACAUUGUGUUUUUGGAUAGGUAUAUUUUGUGUAUACGAAGCCAAGAUUGAUAUAGAAGAAUUUUUUAAAACAUGAUGAGUCGACUAUACUUCAUGCAUACAUCCAUCCCUUUGCAUUUUCAACUGCUUUAUUUAUCUUCUUUUUUUUAAAAUACUUCUACGUACUUAACCUUAUUACUUUCAGUUAAUAACUACAACUUCUUCCAGACCAAAAGUGGCUAGUAUAGCUACACUAGUUUAGGAAAUACUAAAAGAUAUGUAUCAGAGCUUCUUAAUCAUUGUUUGUACUUUUAUAAAGAGGAUGAACUAAUCACCUUCUUUCUAUAACCUUUUCUACUGUUCUACACAUUUUAAUGAUUACCCUUUUUUAAACAAAAUUUUUAUUCGUCUUGGGAAUUUUUCCUUUGUAUGUGUAUUUAGUAUAUAAAUGAACAUAAGCAUGUCCUUGUGCAUGUUGAACAAGACAUUUUAAAGGUGCAACUACCCAUCCACCAGAAUUCACUAAAAUAGAUUAAAACAUUAUUGGUCAAAGUUUACCCAAGUUUAAUCUGAAGUACUGGAUUUUAAGCUUUUUUCUUUUCUUUUACAAAUUCUAAAUUAUUCUACUCAGGUAGUAAGGCAUUUGAUUUGUUUUUAAAAUUUGUUUUCAAUUAUUAUAUUUUUGAUUUAGAUAUGAGAACUACAGAUUAAAUCUUUGUUUUUUUAAUAUUGCUUAUUGCUUAUUUUCUGGUAAAAUGUUUAGAUUUGCCAAAGUUAAUUGUCAUACAUGUAUAUAAUGUAAAUAUACAUAUAUAUUCUUUGAUAUUUCUUUCCCAUCAUUGUAUGCAUACUGUGUUUGCCAUACUUUUUCAGUGGGUGAGGUGCAGAAGGAAGUUUUGUGAAGUUCAUAUGUACUGACUUAACUCCCUUUUGCUCUUCACCAAAAUUCAUUAUGAUCUUCCAAGCAAUAUGUAAAUAAGAGAGAAUGUUUAAUCUAGUGACUACCUAGAACAAAUUAUGUUAUGUCUUUCAAAAUGUGAAGAUAAGAACAGUCAAGGUAGAUCCAAAUUUGUUGAGGAUAAUUUUGAGAAUUUGUCCUUUGUUAUUUCAGAAAUAAAAAAGAAUGAGUAUUCAUAUCCUCUUUGUUAUCUAAUCA